CAGAAAUGAGAUGCAACUGAUUUCCAAACUGCAGCACAGAAAUCUUGUCCGCAUUUUAGGAUGCUGCGAUGAGAAGAUGAGAUGAUACUUGUCUACGAAUACAUGCCCAAUAAAAGCUUGGAUUGUUUCCUCUUUGAGCCCAACCAGAAACACGUACUUGAUUGGAAUAAACGCAUCCAUAUUAUCUCAGGCUUUGCUCAAGGGCUUCUGUAUCUCCACCAAUACUCGCGGUUGAGAAUAGUUCAUAGAGAUUUGAAAGCUAGCAAUAUCCUACUAGAUGCUGACAUGAAUCCCAAAAUCUCGGAUUUUGGGCUAGCCAGAAUAUUUGGAGGGAAUGAGAUGCAGGCGAAUACUAAACGGAUUGUUGGAACAUAUGGUUAUAUGUCACCAGAAUAUGCCAUGGAAGGGCUUUUCUCAGUGAAGUCUGAUGUGUUUGCGUUCGGAGUACUGAUGCUGGAGAUUAUUAGUGGAAAGAAGAAUACUGGUUUCUAUGGCUCUGAGUAUCUAUGUCUUCUUAGAUAUGCGUGGGAUUUGUGGAAGAAAGGUUGUGUUGAUGAGCUGAUUGAUCCUACUACGUUAGAACUGCUCAAAUCUUGGUCAUCAGUUGCAAUGAGAUACGUUCAGAUAAGUCUAUUGUGCGUCGAAGAAAAUCCAGUUGAUAGACCACUCAUCUGUGAUGUUGUUGCAAUGCUCAACAAUGAUAAAAGAGCCAUACAAACACCAAGAAAUCUAACUUUAACUGUUGGGAGAGCAUUGGUUGCUCAAAGAGAGGUCGAGAUUUGUUCUAUACAAGAUAUGACGAUGUCUCAUGUCGAGGCUCGUUAA